GGAGGAGAAAGAGCCACAAGAAAGAGCCACGAGAAAGAGUGCAAGCUCCACCAAUGGAGGAGGAAGCCAAGUCUGAACACGUAGUUCUCUUCCCCUUCAUGGCUCAAGGUCACAUCACCCCUUUCCUCGCCCUCGCCGGCCUCCUUUCCAGCCGCCACCCCAACCUCGCCGUCACCCUCGUCAACACCCCUUACAACAUACAAACCCUCACUAAAUCCCGUGCCGGCGCCGCCAUACCGUCUUCCAUCCGACUUCGCUCCCUCCCCUUCUCUCCCGAAGAACACGGCCUCCCUCCAACCGCCGACAACACAGCCGAACUCCCCUUCUUCCAAAUCGUCACCCUCUUCGAAGCUUCCAAGUCUCUCCGAUCCGCCUUCGAGCAAAUCAUCUCCGACAUUUCGGAGCAAGACGGCCGCCCUCCGCGCUACAUAGUGUCGGACAUCUUCUUAACGUGGACCAUCGAUACCGCCCGCCGCUUUGGAUCUUUCCACUCCAUAUUCGUCACCGGCAGUGCUUACGGCACCGUUGUCUUCUCGUCGAUGUGGAAACAUUUGCCCCAUAGACGCGCCGACUGCGGUGAUCUGUUUCCGCUUCCCGACUUCCCCGACGUCCUCAUCCACCGCUCGCAGAUCCCGAAGCACCAACUGCUCGCCGACGAUGCCAGUCCCUGGACGGUCUUCUUCCGCGAGCAGAUAUCUCGUUUUUCGGAAACCGAUGCUCUGCUCAUCAACACCGUCGAAGAGGUGGAGCGCACAGGGCUGCAGAUGAUGCGCCAAAUGCUUCCCUGCUCCAUUUGGCCGAUUGGUCCCCUGCUAUCCUCUGUUUUUCCCUCCAUUUCAAGCGGCGGCGGCGAGCAGAUCAUCCAAUGGCUCGAUUCGCAACCGCCGGCGUCCGUUUUGUACAUCUCGUUCGGUUCGCAGAACACGAUUACAGCGUCACAGAUGAUGGAGCUGGCGACUGGUUUGGAGGCGAGCGGGGUUCGUUUCGUGUGGGUCAUCCGGCCGCCAGUUGGAUCGGACGUGAAGAGCGAGUUCAAAGCAGAGUGGCUGCCGGAGAAGUUCGAGGAGCGGAUGCAGGAGCAGGGGAGGAGUCUGCUGGUGCACGGAUGGGCGCCGCAGAUGGAGAUCUUAUCUCACCCGGCCACCGGCGCGUUCUUGAGCCACUGCGGGUGGAACUCCGUGCUUGAGAGCUUGAACCGAGGCGUCCCGAUGUUGGCGUGGCCGCUGACGGCGGAUCAGUUUUUCAACGCGAAUAUGCUGGAGAAGGAGCUGGGGGUGUGCGUGGAGGUGGGGAGGGGGAACAUGGAGAACUCCAUGGCAGACAGGGUAGCGGUGGAGAGGAUGGUAAAGGAGGUGAUGUGCGGGGGAGAGAUUGGAGGGGAGAUGAGGAGGAGGGUGGAGGAGGUUCGAGAAUUGAUGAAAGCGGCGUGGAUGGAAGGACUCGGGUCGUCGCUGAGAGGUUUAUCCGAGUUCUUCCGAGCCGCCGCCGCCGCCGCCGACAGACGGCGUUGACCGGCCGCAGGAGCGAUGUUCCCAAGGUCAGGCUCGAUUGACGUAAUCCUCGAUAGAAGCAGCCGCCUAAAAUCGAAUGGUCCAUUCGGUGUUUUAAUUCCAGCCACGGAAUAUUCCUAAAGUGUUUUAAUGAUAAAAAAAUUUUAUUA